AUGGGUGUUGGACUAUUCGCUAUGCCAUAUGCAUUCUCUUGCGUUGGUCUCCUUUUUGGAAUCAUUUUCUCGAUUGCUAUGGGCUUUUUAAUCACUAUCACUCUACGAUUACUUCUUAAUGUUCAUCAUUUGAUAUCAAUACGUCUUGAAAAGCCAAUGGUCAUGUACGACGAGCUCGUUGUCACGGUUCUGAAAAUUGCCAAUGAAAAUAUUCCCAAAAUUCUUUUGGAUUUGGCAAAAUACUUCACGAACAUAAUGUUAAUUGUUUAUUACGUCGAUAUCGGUGCAAUUUGCGUGGACUUUAUCUGUGACAUUUUACGAAAUAUCGCAGGAAUAGAGGAAAACAAUUAUCCUGGUCAUUACAUAUUGAUAUUCUUUCCUCUUUUCAUGUUAAUUAAUUUAUCGGAAGAUCUAAAGGGGAUGAUAUUCAAUUCGAUGAUCGGUAACGUUCUAAUAUUAAACGCUACGAUUAUUGGCCUAGUUUACUCUUAUCAAAGUGAUAACGGCAGCGUCAAUUGGUUAAUAUUGAACAAAGAGCUCUUCUAUUAUCCCAGAUUUUUCGGUAUUGUUUUCUGCGGCUUAUCGUCCCCAGGUUUGAUUUUAGCGAUAGAACACAGUACGCGUAAGCUAUGGAAUUAUAAUGAAUUAUAUGGUAUAUUGAAACAAUGUAUGACGAUUAUCGUUUGUAUUCACAUAAUUGUUGGUAUCGUCGGUUACGUUAAAUGGGGUUCAAACGUAUCGGAAAAUUUUAUUCAUAAUAUACAGAAGAAAGGAGACGGGUAUACUUUAAUAGCAUAUAUUACACAAGCUUUAGCAAUUUAUUUUACCUAUGGAUUAUUAUCUUACGUUCCUAUCAAUAUAGUUUUAAAACGAUACAUUAUACCGAUAAUAGAAAUUAAAAUACAGAAGGGAACACCGCAUCUAUGGGAAUUGAUCACUCGAUUCGCCAUCACUCUUCUCACGUGUAUUUUACCAAAGUUUAUUCCGAGAUUACGCCUACAAAUUGCCCUUAUUGGUUUAACUUGCAACUUUACAUUGACGGUCAUUAUACCACUCAUAUUAUAUACUAUCUUAUACAUCGAAGAAUCCGAGGAAAUCGAGAGAUACAAUAAAAAAGUGUUGACACUUGUCGUUGUUCCUGUAAUGUAA